AUGGAUAUCUUCAAAGAGCUCCAUGUCUCCAUCACAAAGGCAUGUGAAUCUUCUUUUGAACAUGCUUUCCAGGAAUUACAGGCCAAACUUGCCACCCAUCAAGCCGGUCUGACGUCGGCCAAGAAUGACGCAGCCACUGCCAAUGAGGCCCGUCAAAGAGCAGAAUGCAGAACACAAGAGCUUCAACGCGAAGUGUUAGCACUCCAAGAAGAAUUAAGCCACUAUGCUUCCAAUCCAGUCGAUCUGGAACCUCCUGUGAAGUGGGUUGACCUCGAAAAUGAAUUUGCGCCAAACCACAUUUGGCGGGCUGAUAUGGAGGACGUGACUCACUUACGGGAAAUCCUCGAAACGAAAUACAAGUCCCUCUACAAUGAUCUGCAGAUAUACUGUCAGAGCUGGGGCAGCUUGAAAGCCAAGAUUUUACAGCAUAAGAAGAAAUUGCGCCACGUGGACAGACAACUGCAGCGGGCUGAAUUUACCCUCAUACUUGAUGGUGCACUGGUCACGUUCCAGAGAGUGCAAAAUUCAGAUACUAGCUAUGCCGAUAAAACUGCUAUAUUAUCCAGCUCAAGUACUGCACAAGACAGACAACAGGAUCGGGGGGUGUCCAGCAGCUCAGGAAAGCCUUCCAGCUCCACUCAGAACCGAACUAGUUCAGAAGACACAACUUCUGCAGUUAAAUCUGAGGAGCAUAGCCAGCAUCUCCCCUACCCUCCCCAGGCAGAACCGUGCCCUACGCAGUCUUCUCCCAGAUGCGACCCAGAAUCUUCGGAGUCGCCUUCGGAUGUCCUGCACCCGCUGCCAAAUUUACAAACUCGAAAGCGAAAGCGUGUCAUGGCUCCUUCUCAGCGCCGCGCUCCAGGGCGCAAUUCUGGUCGACCGAUACUCGUGAAAAACGAGACAAUGUCAUCUAGCCCCUUGCAACAUUCGGCUCAUAUCCUGGGACCGUCUCUCCCAAGCACCCAGGACCUAGAUGACAUUGGCGAUGCUGUACUGACACCCACAAAACGAAAUACCAACCGAGCAGCGCAUUGGGAUGACUCUGCUUUGGGGGACCUGAAGCCUGUGUCAGGCCGAUUGUCUGUAUUACAACCAAUUGAUGGCAAUUCACGAACAGCAAGAAUCUCCAACCCGAUAUUUGACAAAAGGAAGAGAUCCAUAGAUCCACGUGCAAUCUUAUCAAUGUCCGAAGAUGGCGAUACCGAUGAUUGUGGUGCCCAUUCACACCCUUUAAGAAGCACUUCAAUGCCACUCGCCGCAUCAUCGAAAACGAAGGCUCGCUCAAACAUCGCCGAAGGUCGCCUAGAAGGUCUUCUCGAGAAAGCGUUGCCCUCUAAAUCACCUCUCACGUCCUUGCGAGGCGCGUCGGGGCCCAAGAUUACGCAUGAUUCAGAGAAAAAUGCUAUCCAAAUGGGCGACUGUGGGCUUGCCAAAUCAGUCCCUUCCCAAUCACAUGCACCACGAACCAACGAUUCCACAAGCCAAUCUGGCCUCACCGUUCAUUACGACGAUGAACCUUACAGAUCACGCCCUCUACAUCGGCUGACUCUGGAUCACUUCAAAAUCAACCUGGAGAGAAACGAAGGACUUGAUUACGCAUAUGGCGCAGUUGUUCGCAAGAAAGAUGAUCGGAAGUGCCUCGCUGGUUGUACGCGAGCUGAAUGCUGUGGAGGCCGAUUUCGUGCGAUGGCUCGCCUUGGUGGACUUCCUGCCAAAUCGCCCUCGGAACAGCAGGAGGAAGACCAGCGAGUCUUGGAAGAGUUUGUGGGAGAAGACCGCCAUCUAUUAGAAGGCCUGAGUGCCCAAGCCCGCGACGAUCUUCUCGUUGAUGCUCGGGCCAGAGCUAUAGCCAACCAAUAUGGAAAGCACCGUCAUAACCAUCAGCGUGCUCGGUCACCCCCUGGCUUCUGGCGAACUGAUAUGCCGUCGACACAAGAACUCGAAUCUGACCGAGAAGCUGCACAAAGACUAGAGCGAGAGAAGGUAGAGGAGCGAUACCGCGAGGCGAUGCGGCCCGGGGGUUUGUGGACCUGGGCAGAUGAGUGA